AGGAGAGUGAAGGAAAAAAACCCUUUAAGAAGAAGAGUCAGAAUGACCUAAGAGAGCCAAUAACAGUCGACAAAUCGGCUCCUGUAGUGACGGCUACGUGACUACGUCGUCUUUAAUUACGUGUGUAGGUUUCUAAGUAGUGUGUCUAUUUCAUUGUCGAUAAUAAUUCACCAAUCUUCAAGAAGUACAGGUUCAUCAAUGGCUGUUUGAUGGGUUCUUUUCUUUUCUGGAGACGUCCAGUCAGCCGCUUAAGAAAAGUUGGUUUUGGUUGGAGCUUGUUUUAGUCAUUAUAGUCAUCUUCCUAGGAUAUUCUUGAGCAUCAUCAAUCCGGAAGAAAUUUCUUGUGGAGCUUAAUUUAGAUGGAGGCUCAAACUUCUGAACACGGGCACAUAAUUGAGGUGUGUGGAGAUGUUCCACCUAUGGGAGCAAGCCUGGGUGGGAAUAAGAUCUGUGGGGAAGCACCAUGUGGAUUCUCUGAUGCCAAAUCCAGCUCUAAAGAUGCCGAAGAACGUUCAGCAUCUAUGAGAAAACUUUUGAUUGCAGUUGUGCUUUGUGUCAUCUUCAUGAGUGUAGAAGUUGUUGGAGGAAUCAAAGCCAACAGUCUUGCAAUUUUGACAGAUGCUGCUCACUUAUUGUCAGAUGUUGCUGCCUUUGCGAUAUCCUUGUUUUCACUUUGGGCAUCAGGAUGGGAGGCAACACCGCGCCAAUCUUAUGGCUUCUUCAGGAUUGAAAUACUUGGGGCUCUUGUUUCUAUCCAGUUGAUUUGGCUUCUUACUGGAAUCCUUGUUUAUGAAGCUAUUGCUAGACUAAUCCAUGACACUGGCGAAGUUCAAGGCUUUCUCAUGUUUCUUGUUUCUGCAUUUGGGUUAGUGGUUAAUAUUGCGAUGGCACUUUUAUUGGGUCAUGAUCACGGUCAUGGACAUGGUCACGGUCACGAUCAUGGCCACGGCCACGGCCACGAUCAUGAUCAUGGACUUGGUGGAGAUAAUCAUGGUCAUAGCCAUGAGGAUCAUGAUCACACACAUAAGCACGGCCCAAAUGAAGCUGCAAAUCGUGAUCAUCAUCACCACAGACACGAAGCAGAUCAUAGUGAACCAUUACUUGGGACUUGUUCAGAGGGAGAAAAUAGUUCGAACAAUGGACCAAGGCAGAAGAAGCAACGGAACAUCAAUGUACAAGGGGCUUAUCUUCAUGUACUUGGGGACUCUAUUCAAAGUGUGGGGGUGAUGAUCGGUGGGGCAAUUAUAUGGUAUAAGCCCGAGUGGAAGAUCAUUGAUCUGAUAUGCACUCUCAUAUUCUCAGUCAUCGUGUUGGGCACAACUAUCAGGAUGUUGCGGAACAUUUUAGAGGUUUUGAUGGAGAGCACGCCCAGAGAGAUUGAUGCCACCAGACUCGAGAAAGGUCUAUGCGAGAUGGAUGAGGUUGUUGCCAUUCAUGAAUUGCACAUCUGGGCAAUAACUGUUGGGAAAGUGUUGUUGGCUUGUCAUGUGAAAAUAAAGCGUGAAGCUGAUGCUGACAUGGUAUUAGACAAGGUUGUCGACUACAUUAGAAGAGAAUACAAUAUUAGUCAUGUGACUAUUCAAGUAGAGCGCCAAUAGAUCAGGGGAGAGAAUUUCAGUAACAUUACUCUGGAUUUAUUUUCUUUGGCUGAGUAAUUCUAUCCUUGUUCCUUCGAAAGGUAAGAUCACCUCAUCCAUAUAUUCAGCUGGAUUUAUAUUUCAUCAAUUGAUAAAUAAUAUUGGGUUGUUCUUGUUGUUGUUGUUGGAAAUUCCUUCUUUUUAUAUCUAGCAAGUCAAUUUUCUU